ACGCGCCUGCUUUCAUUGGCCGACUUCUGCUCCGUGUUUAUUUCCGGAAGUAAGUUAUCAGUGUCACACUUUCCAUCAGGACUAUCAAACAUCUCCAACGACGCAACAACAGGAUGGCACAUUGGUUUCACAGAAACCCACUGAAGGCAACAGCGCCGGUGUCCUUUAAUUUUUAUGGUGUGGCAGGGAGCCCCUCUGCCAAUAAGAUAUGCAAUGACCUGAGGACAACCAGGGCGAGACUGCUGGAGAUGUUCACUGAUGUCACCUGCAACCCAGAGAUCAUGAAAAACGCCACGGAUGCAUACUUCUCCCUCUUACAAGGCUUCAUCUUAUCCUUGGAUGGAACUACACAGGAGAACAAGAUGAGGUUCAUCCAGAACUUCAAGUGGACUGACACCUUACAAGGAAACACACCAAGUGCCCAGCAGGAUGCAGUGUUUGAAAUGGUCUCCAUGGCCUUCAAUGUAGCCGUCUGGUACACCAAGUUUGCCUCACGACUAGCAGGCAAAGAAAACAUAACAGAGCCUGAGGCAAAAGACGUUCACCGGAGCUUGAAGGUUUCUGCUGGAAUGUUCAAAAACCUCAAGGAGGUUCACAUCCCUCGCCUCAUCACCCCGGCUGAAAAGGGCAGAGACCUGGAGCCCCGAGUGAUGGAUGCAUACAUCAUCCAGUGCCAAGCAGAAGCACAAGAAGUGACAAUUGCCAGGGCGAUUGAACUGAAGCACAACGCCACUCUCAUCGCAGCGCUGGCAUUUGAAACAGCAAACUUCUAUCAAAAAGCCGACCACACACUGAACACAUUGGAGCCAGAGUGCAGCAGCAAGUGGAGGAAGUAUUUUCAGCUGAAGUGGCACUUUUACAUGGCUUAUGCAUACUGCUAUCAUGGCCAGACACUGCUGGCAAGUGACAAGUGUGGUGAGGCCAUAAGAUCUCUCCAGGAAGCAGAAAAGUGUUACUCCCGUGCUGAGGCGCUGUGUAAAGAGUAUCGUCACACCAAAGGCCCGGGCACCACAGCCAAACCAUCAGAGCAACUGUUCUUCCUCAAACUGGGCGGCCUCAUUAAAAACACACUGGAGAAGUGCCAGAGGGAAAAUGGAUUUAUAUACUUCCAUAAGGUCCCAGCUGAGGCCCCCCUGCUGGAGCUGAAGGCGAGUUACGGCCUGGCUGAGCCGGUCACAUUUGAGCUGCCGCCUCUCAGCGAGCUGUGCACUCCUGAGGUUUACGCCACCUUCGACCUGACUAAAGGAGCCAAAAAUGGAAAGGCAAAACCCAAGGAGGAGGAGGUGAAACCAGUGAAGGAGCCAGAUUUGAAGCCUCAGACGGACACAGGCUGUGUCGUCUCCUAAACCCCCCACACACCCCCCCUCAUUUACAGCAUCAUGCUUCACCUCCAUCGACUGUACUGAUGGCAUCUAUAUUUCCUUCCAAGUAUACAUCCAUAGGAAAUGUAUUUUUUAAUUAAUCCAUGACGUUUUACAUUUAUGCUAAGACAUGUGUAUUGUAUUUGGGUAUGACUGCCGUUGUUGUUGUAUUUAAACCAGAGCCAGCUAAACAUCAUA